CGGCCGGCGAGGCCGGCCCUCUUCUUGGGCAGCCGGAGAAGGGCGGAGCGCGAGCCGGACUCAAACGUGGCUCAGGCGGCCCGAGACGCAGCCGCUGCUGCUGAAGCUCCCGCCAUGGCGGAGGGCGAAGCGGAAGGGGAGGCGCUGCGGGCGGUGAGGCGCUGCCUGGAGGCUUUCCCGGCCGAGGCAAGGGAGUUGAGUUUCACAGAUUCUGUGCCAUAUCUUGAUAGCCUUCCAUCCCCCUUGGAGUUCUAUCGGGAAUGGGUUUGCCCAAACAAGCCAUGUAUAAUUCGGAAUGCAGUCAACCAUUGGCCAGCUCUGAAGAAGUGGACAUUAGCUUACCUGAGGGAAAUAAUGAACUCCAAGCUGGUGAGUGUGGCAGUAACUCCAAAUGGUUAUGCUGAUGCAGUUUAUCAGGACUGGUUUGUUAUGCCAGAGGAACGACACAUGCCUUUCAGUGCUUUCUUGGACAUUGUAGAGAAAAAAGUAACUUCUCCAGGGGUGUUCUAUGUGCAAAAGCAGUGCUCGAACUUAACUGAAGAAUUCCCUGAACUUAUGGGAGAUGUGGAGCCUGACAUACCAUGGAUGAGUGAGGCCGUUGGAAAGAAGCCUGACGCUGUUAAUUUCUGGCUGGGAGAAUCUGCUGCAGUGACAUCUUUACAUAAAGACCAUUAUGAAAACUUGUACUGUGUGAUCUCUGGAGAGAAACAUUUUCUGCUGCAUCCGCCAAGUGAUCGUCCCUUCAUCCCAUAUGUUUUCAUGCUUAACAUUUCAGAAAUGUAUCCAUCAGCAACCUACCACAUAGCAGAAAACGGGUCAUUUGAAGUUGUGGAUGACAAAGCUGCAGAGAAUGUGCCCUGGAUUCCAUUGGAUCCUUUAAAUCCAGAUCUAGAACGAUUUCCAGAAUAUGCCCAGGCAAAGCCUUUGCGGUGCACUGUGAAGUCUGGAGAGAUGUUGUAUCUUCCUUCUCUCUGGUUCCAUCAUGUUCAGCAGUCACAUGGCUGCAUAGCAGUGAAUUAUUGGUAUGACAUGGAAUAUGAUCUAAAAUACUCUUAUUAUCAGCUGCUGGAUUCUCUCACAAAAGCUAUAGCACGGAAAUCUUAGGGUCUUGGAUCAGCUAACCUACUGAUGUGGAACUACGGCUGGAAUGCGAACUAUUUAAUUAUGGCCUAUUAAAUCAAGACAAAAGGCAACUGUUUUGCUGCUGACAAUUGUUUUGCUGUCACUGAAGCUUAACAUCAUGCGGAUGUUCAUGGCAUUGUGGACAAAAUGGCACCUUAUAUGGUGGUUUACCUUAAGUAACCGUUGAGAUCAAGCACAUGAGAUGAAUAUCACCUGCACGGAUGAAGCACAUUUUCUGGAUCUGUUUCAGUCAGGCUUCACGAUGAUGUAGUUCCUCUGGUAGAAAGUCCAUUUCUGGAGAUUGACAGGCCCCUAACUUGUCCUCAGUACAUUAGAUCAUCUGUAUGAAUAUUCUGGAGGAAUAUUACAGGGAACCAGGUAGAGGGCCUUCUUGGUAGUGGCGCCUACCCUAUGGAGCACCCUCCCAUCAGAUGUCAAGCAGAAAAGUAACUAUACAACCUUUAGAAGACAGCCCUGUAUAGGGAAGUUUUUGAUGUUUUAUUAUGUUUCAGUAUAUGCUGUAUGGGCAGGGUACAAAUAAAAUCAUUAUUAUUAUUA